GUGGCAGGGGAGCGUGGGGUCCUGCCCGCACAGUGAACCCAGGCGGCCUCCCUCUUCUGGGCCGCCUGCACGCUCACAAGCUCGCGUGGCAGCAGGCACCACGAGGGUCAGCCCAGAGAUGGCAGGAGGAGGAUGGGCCUGCGAGAGGGAAAGGGCGGCUCGAGGCUCCCAGGCACACGCAGGGCCCUAUGACUGCUCCUCCACCCCUGCAGCCCGAGCCGAGCUGCCGAGCUCUCAUCUGCCACACCACCACCCCCCCGCAAAAGAGAAAGAUGAAGCCACCACUCAUCUGCAGCAGUGCUGGGGCACUUUCAUGUGUGUGUGUGUGUAUUUUUCUUGCAGAGGCGAGGGCUGGUUGGUAUCUUCCCCGGGGAUUCCAGAUUGGCUGCAUCUUCCGACUACUCUGCUAUUCUCAGAGGCGGAUUAACGUAGUAGCAAAUGUAGCAUUUGCUAUGGGCCCCACUUUUUGAGGGCCCCACACGCCCGGUUUCCAACGGGGAAUUAAAGUUAAAACUUUACCUGUUUUAUCUGGUCCAUGUUCGAUAAAAUAUCCCUUUUCUGCUAAAUGUGCCUUUUAAGAGAAGGCCCAGCACAGCAUCUGUCCAGUGGCUGUUGCUGGUGCCUAUUAAUUUUUCUUUUUAGAGUGUGAGCCCUUUGGAGACAGAGAAUCAUCGAUCCACUCUUUAUUUUUCUGUGUAUUCCACGUUGAGGAUUUUGAUUGAAAAAAUGGUAUAUAAAUGUUCACUGUUGUUGUAGUAAGUGUGAGUUUGUGACUUGGUCUCCCAUACUCCAAAAUACAGCAAAUGAAAAAAUUGAAUCACUUUACUAUGCAAGUAAAUAAUUUAUGUUUUAAUAUUUAUGUGAUUUUUAAAAAAAAAUUAGGGCCCCUUUAUAACAUAUGCCACAGGCCCCGCAUUAGCUUAAUCCAGCCCUGGCUAUUCUCCCCCGUAUGUUACCCCUUUCCUUCAGGUUCACUGCUAGGUCAGGUUUCCGCUCCCCACACUUCCCUCUUCUCCCAUUUUAAUAAUGCAACCUUUUAUAGUCUUGGAAGGAAUUCAAAAUUUUCUUCGUUUUUGAAGCCAUCAAGCACCCAGACAUCUUCCUCCUACUUCUUGGUUUGGAUUUUUAUUUUUUAAUUUAUUUAUUUGGUGGGGUGUGUGUCUUGUUUUUCGUCAGCCCUAAUAAGAUAGGGUCUCUUUCUUUAUUUUCAGAUUUCCCUUUAGUUUUUAAUCAGUUCUCAAUCAGUUUAAUCAGUUCUCAAUUGGUUUUGCCAUCUCAUGAAUGGAGGGGAGGGGCCGUUAUUGUGCACUAGUAUCUCACUCCACAAUCUUUCUUUGCAGGAGGGACAACUUUCCUUCCAUACAGUUUUUUUUUAAGACAAGAGUUGGGAGGUGGGUAACCUCUUUUCAGGGGGUUCUUGAGUUCCCUCCCCUACAUUGAGUUCAGUUGCCUUCCCUUCCCCUUUGCACACAAACGGAAAGGGAAGGGAGGAACCUCCAUGACAGCAAGGAGAGGAGAGCUGGUCUUGUGGUAGCAAACAUGGCUUGUCCCCUUAGCUAAGCAGGGUCUGCCCUGGUUGCAUAUGAAUGGGAGACUAGAAGUGUGAGCUCUGCAGGAUAUUCUCCUUAGGGGAUGGAGCCGCUCUGGGAAAAGCAGAAGGUUCCAAGUUCCCUCCUUGACAUCUCCAAGAUAGGGCUGAGAGAGAUUCCUGCCUGCAACCUUGGAGAAGCUGCUGCCAGUCUGUGAAGACAAUACUGAGCUAGACUGACCAAUGGUCUGACUCAGUAUAUGGCAGCUUCCUAUGUUCCUAUGUUCCAAGUUACCAAAAUAGGGGAUUUCAUUAAAAGACGAUGAUGAAAUCAUAGGAAAAGGAAGAGGGAGUGUUUGUCUCUUGACGGAUGUAUUUGACCAUUAAACUGUGUGAACCUUUGAGCUAUACAAAACUCUCCCAACUCUUUUUAUUUUUUUAAUUUGAUUUGAUUUGUAUACUGCCACUCGAAAAUGGCUCAGAGCAGUUUAUUAAUAAAUUGGAUUGAGGAAAUGCGCCUAAGUGUGCUUAGGAGCGUGACCACCCAGACCCACAGGGUAGACCGCUCACUGGUUGCAGGGUGACUGAAGGAUCAACUCCGACUAAAGGUACUUACUGGUCCUCCAGGAGCAAUCCCAUACAGUCGGCUUAAUUGUGGGAGAGAGGUAGCAUAGAGCGAAUCAAUUCGCCAACUCAUAAAAACCAACACACGAAGUGGAUUUUUAAAUUAUUAUUAUUUUUACAUUUAUAUCCCACUCUUCCUCCAAGGAGCCCAGAGCGGUGUACUACAUUCUUGAGUUUCUCUUUCACAAAAACCCUGUGAAGUAGGUCAGGCUGAGAGAGAAGUGACUGGCCCAGAGUCACCCAGCUAGUUUCAUGGCUGAAUGGGGAUUUGAACUCUGGUCUCCCCGGUCCUAGUCCAGCACUCUAACCACUACACCACGCUGGCUCUUUCACCCCGUACAUGAAUCGGGCUAAGCUCCAAUGCACAACUGAAUCGUGUAUGGAGUGCUCCCUGUGAAUCUGGAUGAUAUGUGAACACACAUCUGCCCUUCUGUGGGGGAAGCAAAGUAUAAUAAUUUUAAUAAUUUUAAAAAUUUGUUUUAAUCAUUAUUUUAUUCAGUUGUUUUUAUUGUCAUGUAUUUUAAUUUGUGACUUUUAAAUAUUUUAAAUUUUGUAAACCGCCUAGAGAUGUGCAUAUCAGGUGUACAUAUCAUAAUCAUAUAAAAAUAUGAUUAAAUACAUAAAUAAAAUUGCCAUCUGGGAAUAGCUCAGGCUGGUAAUGAUUGCUGCCACCACCUACCCUCCUUUAGGAUAGGGUCUUUCCUCCCGCUUUCCUUGGGUAUCCUGGGAUACCCAAGCCACCCAACAUCCGAUAGAAAUCAAUAAAGGAUUCUCACAGGACAGGUGCAAUUGGUGACCCCGUAGGCUCCAAGGCUCGUUGAUGUGGUACUAGGGAACUUCCCUCCCCUUACCCACAGAGCAUUCCAAACCAUUCUUCGAAAGCAGUUUUUUAAUUCUCUGGAGCACUUGAUUGCUGAAUAUGACAAAUAAGAAUACUAAAAUAUUUAUAUACCGCUUUUCAACAAAAUGUUCCCCAAACAAAUCAGUUUGUAAGAUUCACAGGCACACAAGAAACAAGCAACCUAAGGCAAUGUCUGUCUAAGAACAUUUCCUCCCACUGUGUUUUCUCAGAUGGAACUCUUUCCUUAAAGCAUUUCUUAAACUGCAGCUUUCUCAGUCCAGCCCUCCCAAUGAAAACAGUGGGGAGUGUGAUUCCAGCCUUUUCUGCUCCUCUCUCUCUCCAGCUUCCAACAGACUGAACUACAAAACAGAACGUAGCUCCAAACUUAACUGAGCUAUUGACCACCCCCCCAAAAGAGGGGGAAAUAUCUUUCAAUUUGGAUUGGUCUCAGGCUGGCUACAAGUCACAGGGCUCCUGUAGAUUUCCAGGUCCUGUCACCUCCCUAGCUACCCACUACAGUGAAGUUGUAAAAUAAAUAUGUAUUGAUUGAUGGUUCUCUCUGAUUCACAAGAUUCCUUUUUUCUCUCUUCUCAAGGAGAAGGAAAAAUUUGCAGGUAAAUCAAUUGCUUGUUUGGAGAAAACCAUAACUUUUUUUCUCUUCUAAGGAGAAGGAAUAAUUUGCAGGUAAAUCAAUUGCUUGUUUGGAGAAAACCAUAACUUGAAAGACUCUUUGGCCAUAUAAGACUAACUGUUGGUCUAAGAAGAUUUUCUGGCUGCACUGGAAGUUUCAUUUGAGCUCAAGAACAAAAAAUGGAUUUGCAAAGCCCAGUAAGUAAUGGAUCAGAGAAAGGAGUAGAAAAAGACCUUCAAAGCAUCCAGGCUGGGAGUAGCAGGGAAUUCUGGGAAAGAACAGUGCAGAAGGUCUUGGAAGGAGACUCCACCAGCUCCGAUGUCGAAUGCCCGAGACUCAGGCACUUCCGCUACCAGGAGGCUGAAGGACCCAGAGAAGUUUGCAGCAGACUCCACACCCGUUGCCAUCAGCGGCUGAAGCCAAAAAAGCACACCAAAGCUCAGAUGCUGGACCUGCUGAUCCUGGAGCACUUCCUGACUGCCCUGCCCCCAGAGAUGGAGAGCUGGGUCAGAGAGUGCGGAGUGGAGACCAGUUCCCAGGCGGUGGCCCUGGCAGAAGGUUUCCUCCUGAGCCAGGCAGAGGAGAAGAGGCAGGAGGAGCAGCAGGCACUGGAUAUGUUAGCCAAAGUGGCCACUGAUCCCCUGCAGCCAGAGAAGGCUCCAUCAGACACCAGGCAGAGGCUGCUCGUCAGGGGGAUUGUGCGGGAGGAGAAGGAGGAUGGAAGAACCACCUCACUGGGCAGUGAAAUGACCCUGGAGAUUCCUUCUAGGCCUUCUCCUCUUGGUGGUGGAGUGGACAGGAUUUCUGUGCAGUCACUGGAUCAGGGACCUGUGUCCUUUGAGGAGGUGGCUGUGUGUUUCUCUGAGGAGGAGUGGGCUUUGCUGGAUCCAGGCCAAAGGGCUCUGCAUAGGGAAGUCAUGGAGGAGACUUCUGGGCAUCUGGCCUCGCUGGGUAAUCAGAGGAAGAACAGAAAUAAAGGGGAAGUAUUGAGAAGAAAAACUGAAGAAAAAGAGAAGAAGGAGAAGAAGACUGCAGCAUCUGAACGGACAAACCUCCAUGCAAUUCCAAUCAAAGAUAAGGCUAGUAACACUCCUCUAAGAGGAAACAUUUUAACUAAUAAACCACACCGCAGUGCACAUGACAGCAUCCAUACAAGUCUGAAAGCAUAUCAAUGCAUAAUGUGUGGAAAAAGCUUCAGCAAUUGGUUGAACUUUUAUGAACACCAAAGAACCCACACAGGAGAGAAAACAUGCUUGGAGUGUGGAAAGAGUUUCAGUCAUGACAACGCCGGUGUAGUCCACCACUGUGUCUGCAAAGAAGAGAAACCAGAGACAUGUUUCAAGUAUGGAAAGAGCUUCAUUGGUAGAGAUAAGCUUCCUUCACAUCCAAGAAUCCACACAGGAGAGAAACCAUAUAUGUGCUCAGUGUGCAGAAAGAGUUUCAGUCGGAAGGACAAUCUUUCUGUCCAUCAAAGAAUCCACACAGGGGAAAAACCAUAUGCAUGCACAGAGUGUGGAAAGAUCUUCAGUCGGAAGGACAUUCUUUCUGCCCAUCGGAGUAUCCACACAGGCAAGAAACCAUAUUCGUGCUCAGAGUGUGGAAAGAGUUUCAUUUGGAAGGGUCAGCUUUCUGUCCAUCAAAGAAUCCACACAGUUGGGAAACCAUAUACAUGCUCAGAGUGUGGAAAGAGUUUCAGUUGGAAGGGCCAGCUUUCUGCCCAUCAAAAAAUCCACACAGGAGAGAAACCAUAUACGUGCUCAGAGUGUGGAAAGAGUUUCAGUUGGAAGGGCCAGCUUUCUGCCCAUCAAAGAAUCCACACAGGAGAGAAACCAUAUAUGUGCUCAGAGUGUGGGAAGAGUUUCAGUUGGAAGGGCCAACUUUCUGUCCAUCAAAGAAUCCACACAGGAGAGAAACCAUAUACAUUCUCAGACUGUGGAAAAGGCUUCUAUGAGAAGGGCCAGCGUUCUGUCCCUCCAAGAAUCCGCACAGGGGAGAAACCAUAUACGUGCUCAGUGUGCAGAAAGAGUUUCAGCCGGAAGGACCAUCUUUCUGUCCAUCAAAGAAUCCACACUGGGGAGAAACCGUAUACUUGCUCAGAAUGCGGAAAGUUCUUCAGUCGGAAGGACAUUCUUUCUGCCCAUCGGAGUAUCCACACAGGCGAGAAACCAUAUACGUGCUCAGAGUGUGGAAGGCGUUUCAUUUGGAAGGGCCAGCUUUCUGUCCAUCAGAGAAUACACACAGGAGAGAAACCGUAUAUUUGUUCAGAGUGUGGAAAGAGGUUCAAUCGAAAGGGUGAUCUUUCUGCCCAUCAAAGAACCCACACAGUUAGGAAACUUUAUAUAUGCUCAGAGUGUGGAAAGAGUUUCAGUUGGAAGGGCCAGCUUUCUGUCCAUCAAAGAAUUCACACAGGGGAGAAACCAUAUAAGUGCUCAGAAUGUGGAAAGAGCUUUAGUCGGAAGGAAAAUCUUUCUGCCCACCAAAGAACCCACACAGGGGAGAAACCUUAUAAGUGCUCAGAGUGUGGAAAGAGCUUUAGCCGGAAGGAUCGUCUUUCUGCCCAUCAAAGUAACCACACAGGUGAAAAACCAUAUACAUGCUCAGAGUGUGGAAAGAGUUUCAGUUGGAAGGGCCAGCUUUCUGUCCAUCAAAGAAUCCAUACAGGGGAGAAACCAUAUAAGUGCUCAGAAUGUGGAAAGAGCUUCAGCCGGAAGGAAAAUCUUUCUGCCCACCAAAGAAUCCACACAGGGGAGAAACCAUAUAAGUGUUCAGAGUGUGGUAAAAGCUUCAGUCGGAAAGAUUAUCUUUCUGCUCAUCAAAGUAUCCACACAGGGGAGAAACCAUAUACAUGCUCAGAGUGUGGAAAGAAUUUCACUUGGAAGGGCCAGCUUUCUAUUCAUCAAAGAAUCCAUAUGAGAGAGAAACCACACACACGGACUUCUUCCUUCCCCCUCACCUCCGCCAUACAAUCGUUCCUUGUGAAGCCUGGUGGGGUCUGAUGAAUUAAGGGGCCUGUGGGAUCUGAAUGGAGAAAAUCUCCCCUGGAGGGUUGGUGACCACUUUCCUCUAAAGUACACGCUUGUGCUCCAGUUAAUUUUUACUACCAAGCACAGACACCACGUGCCCCAGAGAAAAGUGCUAAAGACUCUCCCAACAGCAGCAUUGCUGGCAGAGUCUCAGGAUCCUGUGCCAUUUCCUCCCUGAUGCCUCUCAAGAGAUGGCAGAAGUGUGUGUACAGCUGGAAGUGGGGGAAGAGAGGCAAGCAGUUCCCUUUGGAGCCCUCCCAAAUCACCUCCUGGUAGCAUAGGAAGGAGGCAAGUGCAUUGUGCUACCAUGGGGCAGAGGAAGAGAGGAGAAAGCAAUAGCCAGUAGCAGCUAGUGGCCAAAGGACUGGGUGGCCCCUUGCAGCUGAGGUCACUGACAGUGUACUUUGGCCACUUUUGAUCUGGGGGAGGGAAUGGAUUGGGAAACGGAAGCCUGCAGUGGGAGAUGGGGACAUUAAGAAAUGAAACCAUCAGUACCAACUCACUCCUCCCUCUAGCUGCUUAAUAAUGAGACAAGGAAGUGUUAGGUCGUGGGGUGAAUGUCGGUACAGGAUGCAGAAAUACGACUGGGUCACUCAGAGUCCAAGGCUGUGUCAAGGUCUCCCUAGGAGCAGAGACAAGAGAUGCCCUGGGACUUUUAGACACAGCAAGCUUUACCACGGGUUUACUGGAAGGCUUUACUGCAAACUUGGAAGUUGUCCCACCAAACUGACACAAAUAGUGGAUUUUUUAACCACAGGUGUAAAUCGGGCUACACUCUAACGUGCAGUGAAGAACCCGAAUUGUGAGUGAACUGCUCCCCGAUAACUCUCAGGGGCUUUGGGGUAAAUCUGGCUGAUAUGUGAACACACCCCCUCCAUUCCAGAGGAGGUGCGAGUUGAAUGGCUUUAAAAGCCCUGUUUGAAAAAUUUCCUGCUAACUGAACAAAGUGGUGAAUCUCUUAUAUUAAGUGGGGGAGAGGGUGGUCGUGAGGAGAAACUUAAGUAUGUAGUACACCGCUCUGGGCUCCUUGGAGGAAGAGCGGGAGAUAAAAUGGUUUUUUUAAAAAAACAAACCCAAAACUCCUAUCAAUCCCAGCACAGACUCUUUCCAGUGGCUGUUGCUGGAAGGAGUGUAGUGGAGCAGGGACAAGAAGGUUCAGAGACUUGGAACUCCUGCUGCUGCCGGGCCACCCCCCACCCUUGUCGCCAUUGCCGAAUCGCACCCACCCAUGCACCGGUGCACAAUUUUCUGCUGCCCCCACCGCCUCUCCUCCCCCACCUGGUGCUGGGCCUCCUCCUCCCCCCACCUCCUGCAAGAUCUCUUUGGAAGUCUCAUCCUAAGUCCUCUGGCAGGACUUCUGGCAAGAUCACCCGUGUCUCUCAAUUGUCUGUCUGGAAAGAGCAGACUGACUUUAGAAAUAAAAGAUGGCCUUGC